AGCGGGCGCGGCGGAAGCGCGGAGGCCGGGGCGGCGGGCGGCGGGCGGCGCGCAGGCACCAUGACUCCCAUGAGGACCCAGCACUCGUUGGCAGGGCAGACCUAUGCAGUGCCCCUCAUCCAGCCGGACCUGCGGCGGGAGGAGGCCAUCCAGCAGAUGGCGGAUGCCCUGCAGUACCUACAGAAGGUCUCUGGAGACAUCUUUAGCAGGAUCUCCCAACGAGUAGAGCUCAGCCGGAAGCAGCUGCAGGCCAUUGGGGAGAGGGUCUCCUUGGCCCAGGCCAAGAUCGAGAAGAUUAAGGGCAGCAAGAAGGCGAUCAAGGUGUUCUCCAGUGCCAAAUACCCAGCUCCAGAACGCCUACAGGAGUACGAUUCCAUCUUCACGGGUGCCCAGGACCCAGGACUGCAGAGACGCCCUCGCUAUAGGAUCCAGAGCAAGCACCGCCCCCUGGAUGAGUGGGCCCUGCAGGAGAAGCUGAAAUACUUCCCUGUGUGUGUGAACACCAAGCCAGAGCCUGAGGAUGAGGCCGAGGAGGGGCUUGGGGGUCUUCCCAGCAACAUCAGCUCCGUCAGCUCGUUGCUGCUAUUCAACACCACUGAGAACCUGUACAAAAAGUAUGUCUUCCUGGACCCCCUGGCUGGUGCUGUAACAAAGACCCAUGUGAUGCUGGGGGCAGAGACAGAGGAGAAGCUGUUCGAUGCCCCUUUGUCCAUCAGCAAGAGGGAGCAGCUGGAGCAACAGGUUCCAGAAAACUACUUCUAUGUGCCUGACCUGGGCCAAGUGCCUGAGAUUGAUGUGCCGUCCUACCUGCCCGACCUGCCGGGCAUCGCCGAUGACCUCAUGUACAGUGCUGACCUGGGCCCCGGCAUCGCCCCCUCCGCCCCUGGCACCAUUCCAGAGCUGCCCACCUUCCACACAGAGGUGGCUGAGACUUUCAAGCCAGACCUGGAAGAUGGGGUACUAACAGCACCCCCGCCGCCGCCACCACCACCCCCACCUCCCCCAGCCCCAGCUGUGCUGGUCAGCGCUCCCCCACCCCCACCCCAGGCCAUAGCCUCCCCUGGCCAAGGUGCCAGGGAGGACAGCAGUGGCAGUGUGUCUCCUUCAGCUACCAUUCAAGGAGCUCCAAAGGAAGUGGUAGACCCCUCCAGUGGCCGGGCCACCCUGCUGGAGUCCAUCCGCCAGGCUGGGGGCAUAGGCAAGGCCAAGCUCCGUAGCGUAAAGGAGCGCAAGCUGGAGAAGAAGAAACAGAAGGAGCAGGAACAAGUGAGAGCCACAAGCCAAGGUGGGGACCUGAUGUCGGAUCUCUUUAACAAGCUGGUCAUGAGGCGUAAAGGGAUCUCUGGGAAAGGACCUGUGACAGGAGCCAGUGAGGGGCCAGGAGGAGCCUUUGCCCGAAUGUCAGACUCCAUCCCACCUCUGCCUCCCCCACAGCAGCCACCUGGAGAGGAGGAUGAGGAUGACUGGGAAUCCUAGGGGCUCAGCCACCCUUUCCCACCAAACUCAGGUUUAGUUACUGCCCUCACAUGGACACAGCGGGGUGAGCUGCCUGCCCUGCAGGUCUCUCGGCCCCUGCUGCCUGUGGAGGACUGUCCCAGGCCUGUGCCUUAAGGAGCUAGGUGGCCAGCUUCUGAGGCUAGGUGGCCGAGAGCAGGGAGCCCUUGCUCUCUGCCUGUGGUCUCCUCCAGCUACAGACUGAAAUAAAUACAUGAAUCAAUAAAGAAGUAUCAUGCAAGAA